UCGAAGACAAGGUUGCUUCACUUCAACUGCCUGCGUCUAACUGCACUUUUACCGCAAUCGUGAGUGUUAGAUGACAGAUGGGGCUACCUUCAGUCACCAUUAACCCAUAGCGCCUCUAUCAACUGUAGCAUCAGCGGAAUACGCGAGCUUUGACCACGCUAGGCGGUGUCGUGUGCUCUCCGGUCAUUGUUCUCCAACCCUCUCAGCUUGUAUUAUAGCGAGAGGCCACGGGUCCAACAAAUGACGAGCCUUGGCCAAAGUCUCUCUUUUUUCCUGCUGCAUAUUUGAACAUUCCUGCUGACCUAUCAUGGUCGCCCUCGCCACGCCAUCGCGCAACCCAGCGACGGGAAUCAAGAAACCCAUCCGCUCCAAGAUGCUGCCUACGUCUUCACCUGCGCCCAUCUUAAAGACAGCUAAGGAGACCCCUACGACCGGUAUAAAGCAUAAAAUGGAGGAUAUGAAUCUUUCCCUGUCCCCUUCGUCCUCAGGUUCUUCCGACGGCGAGGGGCUCCCCAGCCCGAGGAAGCGGGCUCGGGUGCAGUUCAAGGAUGUUGAAAUAGUUUCAUUCGAUGAAAGGGAGCAAAGAGACACCGGGACUCCAGAGAAGAGUGCGGCUGUGGUUCGCGAAGAGGUGCGCCGUGCUAUCCAACGGCACGUCUCGGGCACCGACAGCGAGGCCUACGACCGUAUCAAGGAAGUCUUCUCGGCGGAUCCCCGGCGUGGGGAAGAGGAUGGCAUGUUUUCCUACGAUGUACCUACACACACGACUUUAAGAUAUCACCUUCUGGGCCUUUUGUCAAAUGUCGCUUCCUUGGAUCGGAGCUGCAAUGGGCUGGUUAAUGCUGUUUUGAACAGUGUGUGGCUCGGGCGCGACGAGUCCUACGUUAAGUUGUAUAUUCGCUUCCUAGGUAAUCUUGCGGCCGCCCAGGGAAGCUACUUGGGGUCGGCACUCAAUAUGCUGGUCAAUUAUUUGGGUGAGAUUCCCAAAGGUGCGGGCAAGCUGCCGGGCUAUGCCCCCGUCCACGCAUCGGAGAUCUACACCCGGGUUCACAUGGCUAUUCGCCAUAUAGUGCAUUUGAUUCCGUCCGGUAGCGGAGCAUUGUCCCCCAUCUUGUCUAUGCAGUUUCCUUUUGAUACCGAUGGUCCCAAAGCCAACAUUGCGUACACACAGAACCUCAUCAGAGUAAUUGGCUACGUCCCAGAACUCCAGGGGGACAUACUUGCUCUUAUCACGGAAAAGCUCGUCAAGAUCGACGUUCAGAUCCAAGUGGAUAUGGACGAUCUUGACGAUGAAGAGGAAGAGGAAGUUCUGCAUGCUGUUUCCCCCGGUGCUGUUGCCUUCGGCGACGACGACGAUGAUGACAAUGCGUCGGUCAUGAGCGAUGACUCAAUAGACGCCGAGUCUCGGCUUAAGACAAUCAAGGAUAAUGUUCUCCAACUGGAUGGCAUGAUUGAUGCGCUCUUUGCGUACUACGCACCUACGUUCGCCUCGGGUACCCUGGAUGACAAAGAGAAUACGCUCGACCUCUUACUCAGUCACUUUCAGAGCAUUAUUCUCCCGACUUAUCGCUCGCGCCAUUCACAAUUCCUCCUCUUCCAUUUCUCCCAGUCCUCCCCCGAUCUCGUUGACCGCUUUACCACCGCCUGCAUCGAGCUUGUCUUCAGCAAGACGCAGCCAGCUAUUACGCGUCAAUCUGCAGCUGCCUAUCUUGCCAGCUUUGUUGCCCGGGGUGCACACAUCUCUGGUGAAAUUGUGCGAGAUGUCUUUGGUUUGCUUGGUGGGCAUCUGAAGGAUCUCCGAGACAUCUACGAACCUGCCUGCCGAGGCCCUGACCUGCGUCGCUAUGGUCCCUUCUACUCCACCGCACAAGCCCUACUCUACAUUUUCUGUUUCCGCUGGCGGGACCUGACCACUGCUGCAGCGGAAGGCGAUAGCAUUGAGCAAGUAGACGAGCUCGAGUUAGAAGACAUCACAUUCCCACCAAUGGUCAAAGAGAUUCUCCACCAGACCAUCUAUUCCAAACUGAACCCGCUCAAGGUGUGCUCUCCCGCUAUCGUGUCAGAGUUUGCACGGAUGUCUCAACAUUUGAACUUGAUGUACGUUUUCAGCAUUCUCGAAACGAACAAGAGAAUCCGCAUGACUUCUUUCCGGAACCUGUCUGCACUGGCAGAUCCGCGUUUCAGCCAAGUCGAGCGAGAGACUCGUGCAGGCGAUGACCUCGGUUACCAACUCGACGCUUACUUCCCAUUCGAUCCUUAUCAACUCCCUCGCAGCCGACACUGGGUGGAAGCUGACUACAUCCACUGGCGGGGCAUCCCCGGCGAUGAUCAUGAAGAUUCUGACAGUGAGGUUGACGAUGAUGUUGAGUCUGACGAUGGUUUAAGCGACGACACUGGCACUGAUGAAGAGUAGAUCGUUUCUUUGAAAGAGACUAUUGCUUUCCUUUCUUUUCCUCUGCGGUUCUCAAUACCCAUUCUUGAGCAUUGCCUAACGAACCUUUAAAAAGCACAAAAGUCCUUUAUCUUGCUGUUAGCGUGGCGUCUGGAGCGUCAUUCAUGUCAUUUUCUACCGUGUCGAUUUCUUUUCUCCUGAUCUUGCGAGAGAUACCUACCAUUCUUUGUUUGAUUUGGUUCUGCCACCUACUAUAGUACUUGAUAUGCAUGAACGUGAUGUGAUUGGUGAAUGUGUGCUAAUGCAUGGUAUCAAUUGAAAUACAUUCAAUUUUGGGAAAUUUACUUUCCAGUCUGUCUUUCUGUAGCAGAGUGUAAUGCAAUUCCCCACAUAUAGUGUACAUAUAUAUAUCUCUAAAUAAAGCUUCACAUAUAGCCCUAAAUUUACAACCCUAAAUUACCUACGAAAA